AGUCUUUCAUUCACAUUUGACUAAAGCUGCCUUUUAUCUCUCUCUCAAUUAUGGAGUUCUCUGUGAAGUCAUUUGCAGUGGUGUCCUUUCUGCUGUUGGUUUCCCUGUCCACUGGAUGUGACCCGCAACUUUGUAAACAAUACUGCUCUAAUCAGGGUUUGCCAACAUGCUGCGAAGGUCCGGGUUUCCCGUGUCUUUGCCAAGCAAUUUGCCCACGUAAUCGUAUUAAGAGUGGUCCUCCUGUGGUGAAUGCAAUGGGAUGUGACCCGCAAAUUUGCCAAGCAUACUGCGAAAGUCAGGGUUUGCCAUGGUGCUGCGCAGGAGUAUUUGGCCCGUGUCUUUGCCAAGAAAUUUGCCCACUUGCAGACUCUGAUCCAAAAAAAAUUACUGAGGAGGCAAAGGCUGGUGAAACAGACAAAGAACCUUUCAUCAAGGAGAUGGUAAUCGCUUGAUGCUUUUGUGCAAAUGCAGAAGAAUAAAUUACUUAUCUACCUAUGAAGCCGGUUGAGUCAAUAAAUAUGUAGAUCUCUAUUUGG